AUGAGAGACCCAGAAGACCUGUCCUGGCAGACAACAGAAAAAGAAGAAACUCCCCUAACCAUUGAAAGGGACUUACGAGCCGUCUUGAGGAUUGGCUGCUACUCGGGGUGGGGCCCUGUUUCCGGUAAUUCGGCUGGCAACCCCGUCGCUGUCAUGGCGACUGGCGACCGACUGAGGGCGCAGCUUCUGUGGCCGGUGGAGGCCCGGUUGGCGGCUCUGCUUCCGGACCUGCUGGUCUUCAGGAAGCCCCGGGCAUCGGAACCCGAGCUGGCCACGGCCCAGGGCGUGCUCCUUGGCGUCCACGUGACGGGGUUUACAGCAUUAAUGGACAGGUUCAGCCUGACCUGCAAGUCGGAACGUGACAUGGACAAACUGGCCCACAUCUUCAGUUAUUACAUUAGUGACAUCGUGGAGCAUGUGCUCUGUUUUGGAGGGGAUAUCCUAAAUAUUACAGGGAAUGUGCUCCUGGCACUCUGGACAGUGGAACAGAAUCAGCUGAGUGACAUCAUUACCCUGGUGGCAAAAUGCAGUCUGGAGAUACAGGAGAAAUUUGGCAUCUACCAUACCAGAGAAGGCCAGGACCUCCAGCUACAGAUAGGUCUGUCUGCAGGUCGGAUUUCCCAGGUUAUUGUUGGAGACGAGCAGCGACAGUACCUCUUGGUGAUUGGGCGAAAUGUAGAUGAUGUCCAGUUAGCUCAGCGUUUGGCUCAGGCAAAUGAGAUUGUCUUGUCCUGGAACUGCUGGAUGCUCUGUGAGCAGUACAUGUUUGAAGUGGAAAUCAUGAAGGAGUAUGAAGCUGUCAAGUUAAGAGAUAUGCGGAUCACUGACCCAUUUGAUUUUGAUGAGCAUUUUGACAAGUGCCUCGAUUAUCUGCCACAUUACCGGACGAGUGCUGACACUCUCAGAACUGCCCUGGAGUUGGAUCCAGACUCUGCACUUAAGCAAACUCUGCGGAAGCACAUAAUGAAAAACCUUUUGAAGAAGAUUGAUGUAGGCCAACCUAUGGAGUAUAUAUCCGAAUUUCGUACCGUGACUAUGGUUUUGGUCAGCCUGGAGUUCCACCAGACAGCAUGGAUGUUGCAUUUGUGUCAUCUUAUCCAGGAGGCUGCAUCGUACAUCUCCAGAGUCAUAGAGAAAGGGGGUGGUCAGCUGAGCCGGAUCUUUAUGUUUGAGAAAGGCUGCAUGUUUCUAUGUGUUUUUGGCUUUCCUGGGGAUAAGAAGCCAGAUGAGUGUGCACAUGCCCUGGAGAGCUCCUUCAGCAUUUUCAACUUCUGCUGGGAGAAUCUUGCUGAGACCAAGCUUGUUUCCAUCAGUAUCACCAAUGGACCAGUAUUCUGUGGCAUGGUUGGGGCAGUAGCAAGACACGAAUAUACAGUUAUUGGCCCGAAAGUGAGCCUUGUGGCCAGAAUGAUAACUGCUUAUCCAGGUUUGGUGUCUUGUGAUGAGGUAACAUAUCUAAGAUCCAUGCUGCCUACUUACAACUUCAAGAAACUCCCAGAGAAAAUGAUGAAAAACAUCUCCAACCCUGGGAAGAUGUAUGAAUACCUUGGCCAUAAAAGAUGUAUCAUGUUUGGGAAGAGACAUUUGGUCAGAGAGAGAAAUGAAAAUCACCCUUUGUUAGACCGGGAGAAAGAACUGGAAACCUUCCGAAUGGCACAGCAAGGAUGUUUGCACCAGAAGAAGGGACAAGCAAUUCUGUAUGAAGGUGGAAAAGGCUAUGGAAAAAGUCAGCUGUUGGCUGAAAUAAACUUGCUGGCCCAGAAGGAAGGGCAUAGGGUAUUGCCAUUGAAGCUGAAGGAAGCAGAUUCCAAGCAGCGCUUCUAUGCCAUCCAGACCCUCAUGGCCAUCUUCUUUGAGAUUGAUACAUGCCCAGCCUAUUACCGGCAAGAGUGCCUACACAAACAGCUUUGUGAGAUGGUGGAGGAACCACUGCACUGCCUUUUUAAUGACCUCUUCUUUGUAAAGUUUCCCUUAUCCUUUGAAGUUUCACACAUGGAUGACCUGACCAGACAAAAGAAGAUUAAAGCGUGUUUUUUUCAAGUGCUACAGGAGGCAUUGAGGGAAACACAAUUGAUUUUCCUCAUUGACGAGGCCCAGCAUAUGGAUGCAGCUUCCUGGGAGUUUUUGGGAACAUUGCUCUCCAGUGUGCCCAUCAUCAUGGUGAUGACAUUGACACCUACCUUCACCCUGUGUGGCGAGGCCCAGCACUUCCUGCAGAGCCCUCACGCUAUGCUGAUGCCCAUUUCGAAAUUAGCAGUGAACUCACUGUUGAGAAUGGCAUGUUGGGAACUGGGAGUGGUGAGCAUCCCCCAAGAGCUGCAGAUCUACCUUCUCCACAGGUGCUUUGGAAACCCCCUCUACUGUGAGGUCCUAUGCCAGGACCUUCUCUCUAAGGAUAUAUUGCUCUUUCAUGACCUACAAAAGGUGGAGGAGGAGAACAGCAAGUGGGAGACCCUCUCAGCCAAUACCACGAAAUCCACAAUGUAUAGUAUUCCUCCUGCCAGCUCUGAAGAAGACCUGGAACUCUAUGUCUGCACAGUCAAGGAGGAUGUGAACUUGGAUGCAGUGCUUCUCCCACCACUGUUAAAAGAAAUAGCAGUAAUCCAACUGGAUCAAUUGAGCCCAGAAGAACAGCUGCUGGUUAAGUGUGCUGCAGUCAUUGGUCACUCCUUCCACAUAGGUCUGCUACAGCACCUGCUGCCUGGCUGGGGUAAACAUAAGCUACUGCGGGUGCUGAGGGCUCUUGUGGACAUACACGUGUUCCGCUGGUGCAACAAGAGCCAGGAGCUUCCUGUUGAGCCAAAAUUAAUGCCUUUUUCUAUUGAGAUCAUUGGAAAAACCAAAGCGGAAAAGAAAAAGUCGGGUGCUGGCUCUCCUCUCGAGCUGAACGAGGAACUGUUCCUACCUCAACCUGAGGUGCUAGAAUUUGGAGUGCCUCUGUUACGGGCAGCUGCUUGGGAGCUGUGGCCCAAGGUGCAGCAGAUUGCCCUGCAUCUCAAAUGUGCCUGGUUUCUCCAACCCUUGGCCUGCCGCUGUGGGAGCUGUCAGCGCGGGGACUUUGUCCCCUUCCACCGUUUUGCCAUCUGUCCUAUUAAAAGCUCCAGAGGAACAUUCCGAUUCUGUAGUUACAGAGAUACUGGCUCUGUGCUAACACAAGUGACCACAGACAAAUUGCAGCUGCCUUUGCCCAAAGACAGUUUUCAGCUCCAGGAAAAACCAUCCAGAAGUCGGGAGGCCUUCGCAAGUGAACACUGCAGAACAGAGGAGGAGUUCCUGGAUCAAGUGAGCAGGAAGCUGGCUCAGACCAGCCCAGAGAAAGAUGUACUGACCACGAAGCCCUGUCACUGUGAGGAAAUCCUGAAACUUGUGCUCUGGCCCCUCACCCAGCACUGCCUGAUCACCGGAGAAAACGCCUGUGCCUUCUAUUACCUGCUGGAGGCAGCCGCUGCUUCCCUGGAUCUGUCAGAUAAUUACAUGGCCUUCUUUUAUUUGAGGAAGGCAAGCAGUCUCCUGGGCCAGCCCUCAGCAUUCUCGUUUUUGAAAAAGCGCAAGGUGAAGAUCUGUCAGUUUCAGGAGGCCGCUUUCUGCCGUCUUCGAUCAGAGGUCUGUUUCAACAUGGGACAGAUCACCUUGGCCAAAAAACUGGCUAGGCAAGCCCUUCAUCUGCUGAAGAAGAAUUUCCCUUGGACCUGGUUUGGUGUCCUUUUCCAAACAUUCCUGGAAAAAUAUUGGCAUCCCUGUUCCAUGAGCCAACCUCCAGACAACCCUGAUGAGAAUAAGAAGAAGCUGGCAGUCCUGCAGCAGCGGGUGCACUGCCUCUCCCUGCUCUGGCAGCUCUAUAACCUGGAGGCCACAGCCAGCAGCCGCAGGUUUGCCUGCCUGGCCACUCUGAUGCAGAAGAAUUCAGCUGAGGAGUUUGCGAAUGAAGCCCAGGUCGUCUCUACCUACGUGGCCCUCUCCCAGUUCUCCCAGAACGUGGGUGACAGGGAGCAGUGGCUGCACUGCGAGCGAAUGGCCAUUCAGAAAAGCAGCCGAUGUUGGUUCUCCAGGGAGGGGUGGCUGGCCACAGCGCAGCUCGUGCAGGCCUUGGCCUACACCAAGCUCUGCCUCGGCCACCUUGACCUCUCCAUCAAGCUGGGUAACGGGCUUGGGGCUGGCGAGCCCGAGGCUUUCAGGGGGGCCAGGCUCGCGGCAGGACCUCACACCGUGCUCUUUGCCUCCCUAGGUUUUCAAGCUUAUGAGAUAAGCAGGCACCUCAGGAAACCAGCCCUGGAGAAUCUGGUUCUCUCGGUGCUCUUCAGAUCUGCAUUUCUCAAGAAGAAAUUUGAUCUGUGUGUCCACGUGCUGGACAGUCAGUGGGCGCUCAUUUCCCAGGGUCACAAUAUCCUUGGCCUGGCCUGCUUCUACUCUGCUUGCUUAGAUCUGCUGCUCUAUGGAAAAGGAUUGCGGUGCCGGCCCUUUGGAGAGUGUCUGCGUUUCAUUCAGUACCAUGAGCAUAGCUGCAUCCUGACCUCUCAGAGCAACGUCAUGCUGGGGGUCCACUCCUCUCUGGCCAUGUGGUUUGCCCAGGACUCACAGUGGCACCUGUUUGAGCACCACUUCUCCAAGGCUCACCAGUUGGUGAGACGAACCAAUGCCUCACUGUUCGGUUCACAUGGCUUUGUCCGAUUCCUAGAGUGCCACAUGCUAACGUCACAGAGGGUGCCGGGGGCUGUCCUCAUGCACGCUCCCCCAGAGACUCAGACUCAAGUCUCCAAGGUACCUGUUUCCCUACUGUCCUUCAACUAG